AUGCAAGAGACCAUCCCUGAGGAUGACGGAGAGAAUGACACUCCAACUGAAGAGGAGGGUUCUGAGAAGACGAGUCCCAAGGCCUCAGAGGACAAAGAGAUGGACAACAAAAGCAGUAACAGCUACAGCUACCAGAAUUCCCCCGUCAGUGUCCUUUCCAAUCAAGAGGCCGAGUUGGAGUCGCGCCUUAGUGACGCCAGCGACAGAAUCUCACUCUCAGACUUCAAAACGUCCUCACCACCUGAAAGUCAGAAAGUUGAGGAGCGCAACGGUUCAAAACACAAGGAUGACAUGCACAGCAGUCUGGAGAAAAUGAGGGCUGCGUAUGCUAACUUUCUCUCAGAUUCCUACUGGACAGGGAUUGGGAUGGACUUGAAAAUUGGCAAAACCCCCAGCAAAGCCAACUGUGACAGCACCAAUGGGAGCACCAAGAGUGAAUUUGACUGGCACCAGGAUGCACUCUCCAAAACCUUCCAGCAAACACACUCCCCAAAGCCUGUGUCGAAACCCAACCUCUUCAGCUCGGUCCACCUCUACAGACAAAGCAGCAAAGCAGGUGGGACGGUGUUCACAGGAGCCAGUCGGUUUAAGUGUAAGGACUGCAGUGCUGCCUACGACUCUAUUGUGGAUUUAACAGUGCACAUGAACAAGAGCGGACACUACCAGGACAACAACCACGGCAAACCAAGCAAUGCCUCCACGUCCUCCAAAUCAAGAAAAAGAAAUUUGCAAGACAUGGAAGGGAAAGACGAUGCGCAGAAAGUUCUGAAGUGUAUGUUCUGUGGCCAUUCUUUUGAAUCCCUCCAGGACUUGAGUGUCCAUAUGAUAAAAACAAAGCAUUACCAAAAAGUGCCUUUGAAAGAACCGAUCCCAGUACUCUCACCCAAAUUACUGCCACCAGCAAAGAAACGGGCCUACGAAGCCAACAGACCUUGUUCUCCUGAUUCUACCACAGGGUUAGCUGGUUACAGCGAGGCCCAACGGUCUGCUGCCAUUUCAAAUGCUACCAGUAAUCGUUAUGGUUAUCAGAAUGGGGCUAGCUACACUUGGCAGUUUGAGACAUGCAAGUCUCAGAUUCUAAAAUGCAUGGAGUGUGGGAGCUCACAUGAUACCCUGCAACAGCUCACCACUCAUAUGAUGGUCACUGGACAUUUCAUCAAAGUUACAAACUCAGCCUCUAAGAAGGGGAAACAGUUAGCUCUGGAUCCCUUGGCUGUAGAGAAGAUGCAGGUAUUAGCUGAGCCUCUUGCUAAUGAAACUGAAGGCGAUAAAGUGUCUCCAAUAACUGCUUCCCCAGGGGACAGUGAGAAAGAUAACCAGAGGGAAGGCACAUUGGACAAAAUGGAAGAAAGUCAAGUGAAGGAUGACAAGGCAGAGAGUAAGGAUCAAAAGGCAGGGGAAGGGGCAUUUAAAUAUCCAUAUCUCCGCGAGGAGGAUCUGGAGCAGCAGGGAUCAUCAGGUGGAGGAGGGGAUAUCCUUAAGUCUUUAGCCAACACAGUUGCCUCUGCAAUUAACAAGGCUCAGACUGGGACCCCCAGCUGGAGUGCCUACCCCAGUAUCCAUGCUGCCUAUCAACUCUCUGGGAUCAUCAAGAGCAGCAAUCCCCUCUCAGCGUCUCCUCCUAUUCAGCUAAAGCAAACAUUCAACCACAAGCUGAGACCGAUCGCCCCAAAGGGGAAGUUUCUUCAGGGUGCUGGGGGAGUUGAAACUCCUCAGGGACAGCAACAGCAUCAAAAUACGGACAUCAAAAAAGAAAAGGUUGGCAUUAGCGAUGGUAAAGAAAGUCAGAAUAUUAAGUUUGAUCUGGUGGAGAAUGAUGACAGCGAUUGUCAGGACGAUUCCUCUACCUCUUCAAAGCUCGAAGCAGACUGUCUGAAUGAAGGGAGUGAUGCGAUCAAAGGGAAGUUGAGCCCAGAUUUAUCAGACAGAGGCAAGACACCAAGCCCUCCUGCCAGCAAAGGACGAAGCACUACUUCAGAGCUUGUCAAUGACACCCCGGAAAUACUGGGCAUAAACCCUCUAAGUGCACUGCAGUCAGUUCUGAACAAUCAUUUGGGUAAAGCAAAUAAGCCCACCAGUUCAAGAUCUGAAAACAGUCAACUAUCUGCUCGCUCUCAAUCUAUAUUCGCUGAACUCAACCGGAGUAUGGAGAAACCAGCAGUGGUGCAUGCUACCCCUGCUAGGAACAGAGCAUUUCUGUUUACUAGCAAUGAUCAGCCAAUAGACCUGACAAAAUAUAAACCUAACAAGCCAAGUUCCUCGCAUCUACAGCCAUCUGCCCCAAUGCCACAGAAACACGCUCUGUCUGACAUUGCUGACAUGGUCAAGGUUCUUCCUAAAGCCACCACACCAAAAGCAUCCAUGCCAUCGAGGAUACCCACCAUGAAACUGGAAACAGACGUGAGACGCUUUGAAGAUGUGUCGGCUGAGGUAUACUCGGUUCACAAGCGUAAGGGAAGGCAGUCGAACUGGAACCCCCGGCAUCUUCUCAUCCUCCAAGCCCAGUUCGCCUCCAGCCUCUUUCUGACUUCUGAGGGCAAGUACUUACUCUCAGAUCUUGGUCCUCAGGAACGAAUGCACAUCUCCAAGUUUACUGGACUGUCCAUGACAACCAUCAGCCAUUGGUUGGCCAAUGUGAAAUACCAACUUAGGAAAACAGGGGGGACCAAGUUUCUGAAGAGCAUGGACACUGGCCAUCCGAUCUUCUACUGCAAUGACUGUGCUUCCCAGUUCAGGACACCACCAGCCUUCAUCUCCCACCUGGAAUCCCACCUAGGGUUCCAAAUCAAAGAUAUGUGCAAACUGCCUAUCGAGCAUCAGACGAAGGUAGAGGAGCCAGAACUGUCUAAGGCUCUCAGUUUCCGGGCGACAGAGACACUAGUCACCGAGGAGGACGUUGACGCUAAGUUCAAAUGUAAGCUGUGCUGUAGGACAUUUGCUAGUAACCAUGCAGUUAAACUCCACUUGAGUAAAACUCACAGCAAAUCACCUGAGAACCAUUCACAAUAUGUGGAAAUGGACAAAGAGUAG